AUGCUCAGACCGGGCAGAGGCUCAGCCCAGGUACAGCGACAGCCCGGAACGCUCUUCCAGAUCAACCAGGAAAUCCGGCCUGGGGUAGGUGGACUGCUCGGCUCGUUCGGGACGAAAGCCCAGACCAAGCAAAGGCUCAGACCGGGCACAGGCUCAGCCCAGGUACAGCGACAGCCCGGACCGCUCUCCCAGAUCAACCAGGAAAUCCGGCCUGGGGUAGGUGGACUGCUCGGCUCGUUCGGGACGAAAGCCCAGACCAAGGAAAGGCUCAGACCGGGCACAGGCUCAGCCCAGGUACAGCGACAGCCCGGACCGCUCUCCCAGAUCAACCAGGAAAUCCGGCCUGGGGUAGGUGGACUGCUCGGCUCGUUCGGGACGAAAGCCCAGACCAAGGAAAGGCUCAGACCGGGCACAGGCUCAGCCCAGGUACAGCGACAGCCCGGACCACUCUCCCAGAUCAACCAGGAAAUCCGGCCUGGGGUAGGUGGACUGCUCGGCUCGUUCGGGACGAAAGCCCUGACCAAGCAAAGGCUCAGACCGGGCACAGGCUCAGCCCAGGUACAGCGACAGCCCGGACCGCUCUCCCAGAUCAACCAGGAAAUCCGGCCUGGGGUAGGUGGACUGCUCGGCUCGUUCGGGACGAAAGCCCAGACCAAGGAAAGGCUCAGACCGGGCACAGGCUCAGCCCAGGUACAGCGACAGCCCGGACCGCUCUCCCAGAUCAACCAGGAAAUCCGGCCUGGGGUAGGUGGACUGCUCGGCUCGUUCGGGACGAAAGCCCAGACCAAGCAAAGGCUCAGACCGGGCACAGGCUCAGCCCAGGUACAGCGACCGCCCGAACCGCUCUCCCAGAUCAACCAGGAAAUCCGGCCUGGGGUAGGUGGACUGCUCGGCUCGUUCGGAAAGAAAGCCCAGACCAAGCAAAGGCUCAGACCGGGCACAGGCUCAGCCCAGGUACAGCGACAGCCCGGACCGCUCUCCCAGAUCAACCAGGAAUACCGGCCUGGGGUAGGUGGACUGCUCGUCUCGUUCGGGACGAAAGCCCUGACCAAGCAAAGGCUCAGACCGGGCACAGGCUCAGCCCAGGUACAGCGACAGCCCGGACCGCUCUCCCAGAUCAACCAGGAAUACCGGCCUGGGGUAGGUGGACUGCUCGUCUCGUUCGGGACGAAAGCCCUGACCAAGCAAAGGCUCAGACCGGGCACAGGCUCAGCCCAGGUACAGCGACAGCCCGGACCGCUAUCCCAGAUCAACCAGGAAUACCGGCCAGGGGUAGGCGGACUGCUCGGCUCGUUCGGGACGAAAGCCCAGGCCAAGCAGCUCAGACUGGUGACAGAUGAUCUCUGUUUCCGGAACCCUACAUAUUCGUGGUGGAUUUUAACGCUCCCAACACCCUGCGGGGAGACUCCCGUUUUGAUGUGA